UGCUGAGGCAAUUUUCUACUGGUGGACAUCGCCAUCUAGUGGACGCAUGAUGUUCCUUCAAUCCCUUUACCUAAACGAUAGGACCCCAGCCUUAAAGGACACAUUACCAUACAUUAUAGAAACUUUUUGUAAUGUUUUUACACACAUAGACCUUUCCAUCCAACAAGACAUGUUCCUGUGGAAGAUCUAAGCAUCAGUUGUGAUCUGUUAUCAUGAAUAUAUAUUUAUCUAUGCUAUUUUCCAGAUUAUGGCUGUAAAUCAGCCUCUCUUCCAGGAUACGGACGCAACGGAAUCCAAAGGCCUCAGAGUGCCGACUGCUACCAGUACCAGUAUGACUCCAGCAGUGAGGUUAACUGGGGAAGCAGAGAUUUAUCCAUAUGAAGCACUCAUUGUCACCACUAGAGGGCGGAAUAAGCUCCCAAAAGACGUAAACAGAGCAAGACUGGAGCGCCACCUGUCAGGGGAGGAGUUUGUCCAGGUGUUCGGGAUGACGGUGGAGGACUUCGACCGGCUGGCUCUGUGGAAGAGGAACGAGCUGAAGAAGCAGGCUCGCCUCUUCUAACCGUGGGCCGCCCCCCCCCCUCCCAGACCAGAGACCAGCCUUACCCCCCCCCCCCCGCCCUCUCCUCUCCUGGUCCUGGUCCCCCUCUCCCGGGAGACACCGGGAGGGGAGAGAAAGAAAGAGAGGAGAAAGUGUGCUACACGCCUAUUCCACUGCCAUGGCUGAAAAUCUGUUCAAUCUUAUGGAACCAAAUUCUGCCAAGCCCAGUCAGGAUGACUGAGACACUGACACACUGCAAGAGACACACACACACACACACACACACACACACACACACACACUGAUAUACAUGCGGGCAAGAGGAUGGCCACACACACACAAACACACACGUCAUGUACAGACGGAGGGAUAGGAGUACAUGGUGUGGUACCUGACUGCGGGAGUGUGUUCCUGGGCAUCGUUUGGGUCACCGCUCGCUCACCACUCUGACCAGCUUCACCGGCUGAGGUCUCAUGAGCAGUAGUCUGUAGGCUGUUGUCGCCCUGUAUAAGAGGUGUCGUAUCUGUUUUGAUAGGGAAGGAGGCGGGGCCUCUGGCGUCAUGUGACAUGUCAUGUGACCACGGAGAGAGACAGAAACGGAGACAGAGGCAGAGGACCUGUGUCGUGAGCACAGCAGCCACUCCGCAGUCCCUCUUUAUUCAUAUUAUUAUAAACAAAAAGAAAAAGUUUUUGGCUUUGCCUUAUUAAACCUGUUGUAACACUCCGUUUUGUUCUGAGUGUGCAGAACCAGCAAGCUGAAUGAAUGAAUGUAUUUGUGUAAUUUGAGAUGCUGGAUUGAUGAAUGGACAGGUGCAUGAAAAGAGUAAUGGAAGGACGGUUAGAUAGAUGAAUGAUCAGACGGACGGAAUGCUGGAUGCAUGGAUGGAUGACUGUACUAAAGGUUGGCUUGAUGAGUGGAUGCUUUUGCUUUUCUUUGGAUUUGAUUUUAGUGUGUGUGUGUGUGUGUGUGUGUGUGUGUGUGUGUGUGUGUGUGUGUGUGUGUGUGUGUGUGUGUGUGUGUGUGUGUGUGUGUGUGUGUGUGUGUGUGUGUGUGUGUGUGUGUUUCAGUGUGGUGUGGUGUGUGUGUGUGUGUGUGUGUGUGUGUGUGUGUGUGUGUGUGUGUGUGCAUGACAUUAGAUGAUUUGUGUGAAAAUGAAAAAAACCAAAUGCACUUAUGCACAAUUUAGCAAAAUGACUUCCUUGUUGGUCUCUGGUGAAAAUGGAGGGUUUGUUUGUAGAUACGGUUGACAACAUAACUGAUAAGCUAAAAUAAUUUAUAAUGGAGUAAAAUAACGUCAUGAAAAAUACUUGCAACACUGUUCCCCUUUAGCCUACCAUGUUUUUUUAACUCUGACAUUACAAUAGCAUCACGACACGAUAGAUAAAUAAAGUGCAGGUCUUAGAAAGUUUUAUUCAGAGCAAUUUAAACAGUAGCCAUAUGUAUAACACAGCUGUUAAUUGUUUCAAAUGUUUACCGAAUCAUUUUGUAGCUUCCGAUUGUUUUUCCUUUCAACUUCAGAUUCAAAUAAAUACCCAGGGGUUUGGACUAUUUUACUUUAUUUUGCUAUAAGUUUGACUUUAUCACAAAAAAUAAUAAACUUUGAAACAGA